AUGAUUGUGGUGGUCGGUUUUGUGGUGUUGGGUGGUGAUGUGAGGCAGAGGGCCUCAAUAGGGGAGUAUUCGUCUGACUAUGGCUAUUAUUAUGAGCGUUCUGACGGUUUCGUGAAGCGGGAGAGGGUGUUGAAGAUCUGGGCGAGCAGCUCUCUAAGGGAGAGACGGGAUGGAUUCAUCGACGUCGUCUCUGCCGUCGUACAGGCCGAGAUGCCUGUGAGCAGGGGUGGUAAUAGAUUUCUUCAGAUUCAGAUUCCCUUCCGGCGCCCUUCGAUGAGGGACGAUCAUGGAAGGGCGCCGGAAGGGAAUCUGAAUCUGAAGAAAUGGCUGAAUAUUCCGCCAGAAGCUGAUGUGGAAUCAUGGCGUCGAAACUGCACGAUCGACACGUGCGUGGAUCUGCUGGCGUGUUCAGUGGACGACCAGAAAUUAGGCGUUUGGACGGAGCCACUUACGGCGGUAUUUGACGAGGUGAGCUACCGCUUAGGCUUAAUGAAAUUUCUGCUGAGAUGA